AUGCCUCUCCCAGCCCGAUAUGGUCGCUGGGGAAUCCUAGUCCCGGUGGUCCUAAUCCUCCUGAUACUACACUUCAUCCACGCAGACCUAGGGUCAAAUGCCACGCAGGACGUGAACGAACCAGCCCUAGGUCUACAGAUCGAAAGCAAAACCUCAAGCGAAGCAACCACAACCAAAACCUCCUCUUCACCGUCCGCAACAGACCAUGUCCCAAGUACAUGUCCACCACUACCAGGCAUGGAAAACAUCCUAGUAGUAAUAAAAACUGGCAUAACAGAAGCGCAAGACAAAGUCCCCGUCCACCUCCGCACCACCCUCCGCUGCAUCCCACACAAAAUCAUAGUCUCAGACUACGAAGAAGAAAUAGCCGGCGUGCGCACCUACGACGUCUUCGCCAACGUCUCCGACACCCUAAAACAAUCCAACAUCGACUUUGCACUAUACAACCGGGCCCGCGCAGGAGGCCACACGGCCCUCACGUCGCAAGACCACCAAAAAGUAGCCAACGGCCCGUCCGGAAUGAGCGAUAAUCCAGGCUGGAAGCUUGACAAGUGGAAAUUCCUACCGAUGAUCCACACAGCGCGCCACGCGCGCCCCGAUGCGUCCUGGUUCGUCUUCCUCGAAGCGGAUACGUAUCCCAUCUGGUCGAAUUUGCUCGCCUGGCUUGCUCAGUUUGAUUCGAGUGACAAGUUGUAUCUGGGUAAUCAGAUGCAGAUUGGGCCGAAUCUUUUUGCGCAUGGUGGGUCUGGAUUUGUGCUUUCGCAUGACGCUAUUCAUGCUGCGGCUGAUUAUCAUACUGCUCAUGUUGGUGAGUGGGAUGAGAUCACUGAUCGCGAGUGGGCGGGUGAUUGUGUGCUUGGCAUGUUGCUUGCCAAGGUUGGGGUUGGGCUUACUUGGUCUUGGCCUAGGGUUACGACUCAGUCGGUUUGGGAGCAGGAUAUGCUUAGAGAUGCAUUUGGGGUUAUGCCUUGGUGUCAUGCGCCUUUUACUUUUCAUCAUAUGACUCCCGCGGAUGUGGAUCGGGUUUGGGGGUUUGAGCAGAUGUGGUUUGCUGCGGUUAGUAUUACUUUGGAUGAGCUAUUGGAUGAUACUGGGGUGGUUCUAACAUUCUCACAGACGAACUCGACGCAAAUAACAUACGCUGAGAUCUUUGGCAAUCUCAUCCGUCCAACCUUGGCCGAUCACUUGGAUAACUGGGAUAAUCUCGCCAUGGACGGUGAUAACCACGAGGAUUACAAGGGUCCCAAGACCCCUGCUUCUCUCCCCGACUGUGCCGACUACUGCGCUGCAGACCCGGAGUGUAUCCAGUACCGUCUCACCGCAGACUCCCGCUGCACAACAUCCAAAACUGUCCUGCGCGGCAAACCUGCACCCGGCACGAAGUCAGGCACGAUGUUGUGGCGGGUAGAUGCAGCAGUGAAGCGCAUGGGACAGUGUUCGGAAAUACUAUAA